CUUCGUCUGCUGCUGGCGGUGCUGGUGGCGCCUCGCAGGGUGCCUCGACGCCCGUCGCUACCUGCACCCUCGUGGCCGGCGACCCCCGUGCCCAGCCCUUCGGCUGCGUUGACGGCGCGUGAGUGUUUACUUGUGAAAUCUUCGUCCGAUGCGAUGUUUUGGUCGCUUUUGAAAGAAAGAUGGAGCGGGAAGGAAGAAGCAAGGGUAUCAGAGGCGGAUUUGGGACGCAUCCGCCGCCGCUUCUUUCAUUUCCGCCGUCAACUUGUUUCUUUCUUGGCAUCUUCCUUUUCUCUUUAUCCUCUAGCUCUGGCUCCGGACCGAACUGAUUUUUCUGGCCUUUAUCACGACAGCACGACGUCGACUCCUCCUUACAACUCCGAGUCGCUCCAGAGCUACCUUAUUGGCGGCUACUCUGCCGGAAAGGAGGGCACGGCCUACUCGGAGGUGGCUUCCAAGCUCGCUGACUCCGUCACGCAGAUCUACCCCACUCUGACCGUCUCGUACAGCGACAUUGUCAAGCAAUACGUCACCGCUCUUGAGGCUUCGGCCGCGGACUACCACCGCGAUGCGGCUGUUUCGACGACGCACUCGAGCAGCCUCGGCGCCCUCGCCGUCGUCUUCGCCGGCGUUGUCGCCGGCGGUGCCUUCAUCCUCUAGCGUAGGCCAGGCAAGACCGUCUCCCGUUCCAUUGCCACUCGCGCCCUUUUCCCCUUCAUUUUUUUAAGGAGAAAACCUUUUAUAAUAUAGAGACAGAGGAGCAGCAGAAUCUUCCGUGACCUCCUCCGACCGCCCUUCCUCUUCGACCUCAUCUUACCACUCUUUAUCAACACCGUCUCUCUAACCCAAUUUUGCCAUGUAGUCUCCAAAUUGUCUCAGAGCUGCUUAUGAAGCCAGUCUUUCGGCUCUUCAGCAUAGCAU